GAAUAUAUUUGUCAGGCAUAUUUUAGUAUAUUGCACCCAUGGGCUACAAUAUACCAAUAGUCACAUCUGUAUAAAUACACAGCGCAGGCGAUUGUCCUUAUUUGGUGCUUUAUAUUGUUAGUAUCCUCCCCAUAUGAAAAACACCCUUAACGGGAAUAAGCAAAGGACGGCAAAAGGACACGGGCAUAGCCGAAAUAUUUGGAUAGUAAAAUAACGAACAAAAUGUCCAGCAAUCAGAAAUUGGCUUUGAAUUAAACUUUCCAAUUCAAUCCGCCCUAUUAAGUGAUUUGUGCUAAAGUGAAAGUAGCAAUAAAAGUGAAAAAGUUUAUUCAUUUUAAUCAACAAAAUGUUUAGGAGCAAAAAUGAAGGAAAUAUUGUCUACAAAUGCACUGUGCGACUCCUCGAUGAUUCCGAUGUCCUAGAAUGUGAAUUUCAGCCGUUCCAUAAAGGUAUUUACUUACUGGAGUACUUGUGUGGGGAGUUAGAGAUAAAGGAAAAAGAUUACUUUGGCUUGCGAUAUGUAGACUCCUCAAAACAAAGGCACUGGCUCGACCUGUCCAAAUCCAUUAUAAAGCAAUGUAAAGAAAUGGAUCCACUAUUAUUUUCGCUACGAGUUAAGUUUUAUCCAGCAGAUCCAUUUCGGCUGACUGGGAAUGCACGGAUUAUGCUAUAUCAGCAAUUAAAGAGGGACCUUCGACAUGGUCGACUAUAUUGCUCCUUGGGCGAGGCGGCUGCCCUAGGUGCUUUAAUUGUUCAAGAGGAACUUGGCGAUUAUAACGAAGAUGUGCACAUAGGGGGUUAUGUAUCUUCCAUAGAAUUAGCUCUACGUCAGACAGAGUAUCUGGAAAAGAAGAUUAUCGAGCUUCAUAAAAAGCGGGAGCCUGGACAGGAUCUUUCCUUGGCAAUGGAUGAAUUCCUAGGCAUAGCACGCGGCUUGGAAACCUACGGUAUUGAUCCCCAUCCAGUCAAGGAUCACCGGGGAUCGCAGCAGUAUAUCGGAAUAAAUAACUCGGGUAUUAGUACGUUCGUUACCGGCAAACGAUCUCAACACUUUCGCUGGAAUGAGAUACAUAAAAUAAAUUUUGAAGGCAAAAUGUUCAUAGCACAUCUAAGUUAUACCGACGCUAGCCGUGAACCUAAAAAACAUACGGUGGGUUUUAAGUGUCCAACAGGCGCUGCUUGUCGAUACUUGUGGAGAUGUGCCAUUGAACAAAUGCUGUUCUUUACAUUACCCAAUAGCCAAAGUGCAGCUGUGAUUUCAGGUGGAGGAUUUUUCUCCUGGGGCACAAAAUUCCGAUACACCGGAAGAACUGAGCGCGAAAUUUUGACUGAAAACAUAAAUGCAUUGCGGGAACAAAAAAUAAAUAAUUCUAAUUCAAGCAAGCGAAAAGCGAGUAGCGUACCAGCCACGCCGUCCAGUCCACAAGGGGAUUUAGCACAAAUAAGAUACAGCAGUUUACCGAGAUCAACGAUGUCGGAGCCCCUGGGAUACGGCAUGCCGAAUGGUCAUUUCUACGGGCAGGAUCACGGAAUGAGUGAGGUUAAUGGUGGUAUUCAGAUAUCCAGCCUGGAGCCCGUUUGCGAGGAGGCUCGUCUAAGGUCGUCAAAUAUUGAGGGGGUUAACUAUUUGGCGACCCAAAUCGGUGGCUACACCUACCGCGACUCCGUCGAACAUUCUUCCACUGAAAGCGGAUUAACUGUCAAUGGAUACGAUCAUCCGAGGAAACAUAACGAAGUGAAGCAACAUGGAUCCUACUCCCCUAAUCUGUACUAUGGACAUCCCGAUGCCGCCUUGAACUCUAGUUCGCCUUCCGAUAAAUUCCUGAAUGGGGAUAAAUCCAAUCGGAAGGUGAAGAAGUUUCGCAAAUUCCACCUGCUACACGCCUUCGUACCGUCCGUUAUUUUUGUGGCUUUUGCGAUGGCCGGAACGGCUGUGUUUAUAAUGGAAUCCGAGUCGGAAGCUUUUGAGCAAUUGCGGAACUCUCCGGAAAUGCUUUGUUUGCGCUACCAAUACUAUCAGCCUUUAAAGGAGUUUCUUUUAGAAAAGUUAGGUCGAAGAAAAUAGGAGUUUUUUUUUAGUUAUUUAGACGCCUGUUUAAUUCUACUAACACCAGAUUUAUCGGGUAUUUUAAAAAGUGUAUUUUAGUGAAUUCUUUAUUAUUAUGCUAUAAUGAUUCCAUUUUAAAAACAAAAGCCUGAAAUUAAAUUAAAACAUUAAAACCAAUUGUUCUGCUUGGGUGAUGGCGAAAUAAAAAAUUCUUUUGGAAUAUUA